GGGGACAGAUCAAGGUGUAUAUUAAGCUGAUUUCGUGAUUCUGUUGCGGCGUUUCACAUUUCUUGGAUUCUAGAGAGAGAGAGAGUAGAAGCGGUAUUCCGAGCUGGAAAGGCGGCUUUACGGCGGUUUCUAGCGGUUUUCGGUGUGGAAAUUGAAGAGACUCUCGGAGGUGUCUUUAUACCAGUGAACCGUUUUAACGGUUGUGGAUAUUAAUUGCUUUUGAAUAAUCAUUAUUGUGAUUGCAAGUAAAUAUACACGGUUAUGUAUGUAUGAAUAUAUAAUGCGGCGAAUUUUAGUACGGAGAGAAGGAUUUGAGCUCUGAUUGAUGAUUUUGAAGAGGUUUUCAUCUUUUUCCUUUGACUUUGUGCUUUAAUCAUGGCGAAUCGUGGGUCGUUUUCGCAGCCUAAUUUCUCAUCUGAAGGUUAUGGAGGUGAUGAUCUGUAUACAGAGCUGUGGAAAGCUUGUGCAGGUCCACUGGUUGACGUUCCAAGGAGUGGAGAGAGAGUGUUUUAUUUUCCACAAGGUCACAUGGAACAAUUGGAGGCAUCAACAAAUCAGGAACUGAAUGAGAAAAUUCCACACUUUAAUCUUCCCUCAAAGAUCCUUUGUCGUGUUAUUAACGUUCACCUUCGGGCUGAACAAGAAACUGAUGAGGUUUAUGCGCAAAUAACUUUAGUGCCCGAACAAGAUCAAACUGAACCAGAAAGUCCUGAUUCAUGUUCUCCUGAACCUCCGAAGCCAACAGUUUACUCGUUCUGCAAGGUUUUAACUGCAUCUGAUACAAGCACACAUGGUGGGUUUUCGGUUCUUCGAAAGCACGCCAAUGAAUGCCUCCCUUCGCUGGAUAUGAGUCAGCAGACACCUACCCAGGAAUUAAUAUCCAAGGAUCUUCAUGGUUUGGAAUGGCGAUUUAAGCAUAUUUUUAGAGGCCAACCUAGGAGGCAUUUGCUUACAACUGGAUGGAGUACAUUUGUUACUAAUAAACGAUUAGUUGCGGGGGAUACUUUUGUAUUCCUGAGGGCUGAGAAUGGGGAAUUACGUGUUGGUGUUAGGCGUGUCGCCCGUCAACAGAGCUCCAUGCCAUCAUCAGUGAUUUCAAGUCAGAGCAUGCACCUAGGAGUGCUUGCUACUGCAUCUCAUGCUGUUUCUACCCAAACCCUCUUUGUUGUCUACUACAAGCCGAGGACGAGUCAAUUUAUCAUAAGCUUGAACAAAUAUCUGGAAGCUGUCAACAAUGAGUUUGCAGUUGGCAUGAGAUUCAGGAUGAGAUUUGAGGGGGACGAAUCUCCUGAGAGAAGAUUUACAGGCACCAUAGUGGGGGUUGAGGAUCUCUCUCGGCAGUGGGAAAAAUCUAAAUGGCGUUCACUGAAGGUUCAAUGGGAUGAACCUACAUCUAUUGCAAGGCCUGAGAGGGUUUCUCCUUGGGAAAUUGAACCUUUUGUGCCUUCUGUUCCUUCUGGCCUGGUCCAACAAGUUAUAAAGAAAAGGCCCCGACCACCAAUUGAAAUUCCAGGUCAUGAAACUGCAUCAGCUGUUUGGAAUCCUUCCCAUGCCCCAACCCAACUAAUUGGUAACCCUGAAGGCCAAAGGAGUGAAAAUAGUGUUGUCUGGCAUCCCAGGCAAUCAGAAAUUAGUGGUACUAUCUUGAAUAGCACUGCCAGUUGUGUCUCAAGGACUCAUGCCAAUGGGGGCUGGCUAUCUUCUUCCAAUGUAAAUGUCCCUCGGAAUCUUUUUGCUGAUGAAACAGAAGAUACUAAGAGCACCCCAGCCUGGUCUGUUCUUUCAGGCUAUUCAACUCCACGUUCAGGAAAUCAGAACAAUAACCCAUUGCCUGAUCCAAUUGAGGGGAAGAAAACCGAGACAGUUUCAAGUUACCGAUUGUUUGGUGUCGAUUUGAAAAGGCCCUCAAUGGGUGCCCCUUUUGGUGAGAAGGUAGCAGUACCACCAGCGAGCGUGUCCAAUGUUGGCACUGAAGAACAUAUACCAACUACACUAUCAGGUGCUGAUUCAGAUCAAAAGUUAGACCUUUCAAAUGCUUGCAAAGAACAGAGACAAGGACAGAUGCAGGUACUGCCAAUGGAGGUUCAGAGCAAACAGAGUUGCUCUACCAGAAGUCGUACCAAGGUUCAAAUGCAGGGGAUUGCAGUGGGUCGGGCAGUGGACUUAACCUCUUUGAGAGGGUAUGCUGAGCUUAUAGAUGAACUGGAACAGAUGUUUGAAAUUAAGGGAGAGCUUCGCCCUCGGAAUAAAUGGGAAAUUGUCUUUACUGAUGAUGAAGGGGAUAUGAUGCUUAUGGGUGACGAUCCAUGGCCAGAAUUUUGUAACAUGGUAAGACGGAUCUUCAUUUGUUCAAGCCAAGAUGUGAAGAAAAUGAAUGCAGGAAGCAAACUUCCUAUAAAUGCAGUUGAUAGCGAAGCGACUGUUUUUAGCUUGGACACAGUAGAAAACUGAAACACGAAUUCCUUUUGUCCUUGUUUUAUUGCAUCUGUCUUUUUCUUUUUUUGAGAGAAGAGUGGAGGGUUGUUUGGUUUAGUUUGGUUAAUUGUUGACUAAUUGGCAACAAAAAGAUUAACUGAAUGGGAAGACUGUACUGUGACGUAAGGGGGGGAACUAUUAGUGAAUGGGUAGGCUUAUAAUCUUUGUAUAUAUAAAUAUUAUCAAGGAUAUUUCUGCUGGAUGUUGGGGAGAAGUUUUUAUUUUCUGUAGUAGUGGUAAAAACAUGUAUUUCUCUUGACACUGUAGGUUUUGGUCUCUCUAGUGAGUGAAAAUUUGCAAG